UUUUAAAUCGAAUUUAGCGGAUUAUUUUUUCAGGAGUUGGGAACACUGCAUCGAGCACAUGCUCGCGCAAUUGCUCCGCUCCUUCGCCGUGUCCUCGACUCCUCGUCCUCUUGCGAUCAAUGGUUAUGUAUGCGCGGUUAUGUGUCGCGGACGACGACGACGACGGUCGCAGAUACCUGGUAUAAUUAGCUUCACGACGACUGAUCAGGUAUGUCCUGAUCUGGGGAAAAAAGACGACACUUCUCGUGUGAUAUUUCUUUUAUCGGCGACGGUGAAUAGAAAAAAAUCGAGGUCGGGAACCGGAGCAUAAGAAGGUGUUACGCAGCAAUCGUCGUCACGAGUUCGCGACACUUAUCUAUAGAUCCCGAGAUUCGUAAAUGAGACGACGGAUGAACUGAUCGCUCUCCGUGCGAGGAAUUCGUAGUCGAGAACGAACGAUGUACACGUGGAAGCUGACCGGUCAUGUUCUCAGGAAAUUUAGUCCCAGCAGUAACAACAGCAGGUUAGCACUUGUUUUGCAGCACUGCGGUCCGAAGACGCAAGGUCGCGGCAAGCUGCUCGGCAAUUAUCGCAAGAAGAUAAGCUCGUGGUUCCGGGAGCAGGGCACGCAGGUAGCCCAGGCCUGCAAGAGGCAGUUUGAAUUUGUGGCGGCUCAGCGAAUUAGAAGGUGCAUACAGGUGUUUCACCUUUACACAAGGAUAUGGGACGAGGUGGCACUAAGAGAGUUCAUGCGGCUAUGGAGGCUCAGACUCGCCAAGAACGCCAAGAGUUUUCUAAUAAGCGCAGCUGGCAUCAGCGUUUACAAUUGGGAUUGUAAUAGAAUAAGCGACGAAGAAAUUUAUAGGUAUAAUUGUGAAAUUGAAGGUAUUUAUAGAUUAAGAGAUUCUACAGUAGUCUGUGCAAAGUGUCAUUUGCGCAUUAUUAUUGAUACCAUACAGCCUGAUGUAAAAUAUUGUAAAUGUGGAGUUCAGCCUUCUGCUUCUAAUGAAGAUUAUGGCUGGCAACCUUUUAUUGAGCGACAGGAUAUGUUAAUAUGGAGGAAAAUAGAGCCUGAUUCGGGUGGAUUAUUUGCCUACAAAGUAUACGGUUCAUUUUCCGACGUUACUGCCGAGGAUUUUCUGCAAGUACAAAUUGAUGUAGAUUACAGAAAGCAAUGGGAUCCUACUGCUCAAGAAUUACAAAUUAUCGAGACUGAUCCAAAGUCUGAAUCAUCUGUUAAUCGCAGCACUGAUGUUAUCCAUUGGGAAAUGAUUUGGCCUAAAUUAUUUUCUAACAGAGAUUAUGUAUAUCAACGACGAUGGGUGGUGGAUAAAGAGAAGGGUCUUGUAGUCAUUGUCAGUCGAGUGACAGAACAUCCUGAUGUACCAGAAAGACGAGGAAUUUAUAGAGUCAAGACAUAUUGGUCAUACAUGGUGAUAAAGCCUUACACAAAUUUCCAUGAGCCAGGUAUAGAGUUUGGACUCACUUACUUUGACGAUCCUGGUGUUGCUGUACCAUCUGCUGUCACUGCAUGGGUAGCAUUGAGAGGUUUACCAGAUUUUCUCAUUCGUAUGAGACAGGCCUCAAAGGAUUACAAAAAAUAUAAACUGAUAAAAAAGAAUACAUCCGACAGUAAUCUUACUUUGUCUGAAGAGAACGUUUCCAAAGAGCAAAUCAAACUUGAUAUAGAAGAUAAAUUAAAGAGCAAUAAAAAAUCAAUGAGAGACUAUAAAGAUCAACAGGACGAUCCUACUAACAGUACUAACCAAUUAGAUUUAACGCAUGGCGCACAAGAUCCUGAUUUGACGGAAAAUGAAAGUAAGGAUACCACUGCUACACCCAAAGAAGAGCAAGGUUUAUUGCAUUAUUUCUAUCUUACAAAAUUAUUUGCAUUUUUGGAUUUUUGACAUAUAGAUUUAACGUAGUAACUUUUGACUAGUAGAUGUUUUAACGUGAUUUCGCAUGGAGGAAACAAUAAUCUGCUGAUAAAGCUAUUGAACAUAUUCACCGAUGACAUUGUGGAACAAGUGACAUUUUAUUAACGUAUAUUGGAUAAUAUGUGAUUUCACACAUGGAUAGAUAAUAAGAAUGAAAUUAUGAAUACGUUAACUAUUUACCUUCCGUUUUUAAAAAGUAUGGUUUCCAUUUUUUAUAAAAAAAAGAAACAAAAAUAUUAAUCAAGAAAUGAGACUGAUUAAACAUGUCAUCAUCUUUAGUUCAUUUGUUCAUCAAAUUUGUAUUGUGUCGUAAGAUAAUUAAUAAGAGUAAGCAGAAUGUAAUCUAAUUUUUAGACUGUGGAAUGCAACAUGUCGAGAGCUCUGCUUAAUUGAUAUAAUUUAUGUAGUAUAAAAGUAUAUUGUACAAAGCAAACUUGAAUUUAUGGUAUCACUAAACACAAAAUACAUGUAAGAUGUAUUUGUAUAUGUGUAUAUCUAUAUAUUCUUUAACUCAUUUAUUCACUGUGUUUGUGUGUCUGUGUGUGUGUGUGUGUGUGUGUGUGUGUGUGUGUGUGUGUGUUACAAGUGCAAUUUAUCAUAAUAAAAAUUUUAGUCUCUUUUUAAUCUUAUAUUUUUUCAAAUUUUUUAAUUAAUUAAUAAAGUUUUUUUAUUGCUAUUAAAUUCCAGACUUGAUUCUAAGAAACAUUAGUAAAAUUUUGUUAUUAUAGCUGAGCAAACUUUUGUCUUUGUCAUUUUGGAGGCAUAAAAAGUAUAUAUGUAUAUAGUAUACAAAUAUAUCUUAGUGUUUUGUAUUGUAUAUAUAAUAUAUAAUAUAAACAUGUACACAUAGUGUAAAUACAUAUAAAUAUAUUUAACAUAUAUUUAUACACAUAUAAAAAUAAUGUUGUUACACUUUUUGAACUGUGUAAUAAUGAUUACAAAAAUUAUAAUUAUGUCAUGUAAAUAAAUUAUAUACGUUAACCAUUUGAAGGUAAUAAUAAA